CCUCUCAGAGCGGCCAUGUGAUUCUUUAAUCUUAGCCUGGACACACUGAGCCUCUUCAUCUUCAUGGCUCUCCUCUUCCUUAUCCAUUAUUUGAAGGGUUUGAAGAUGAAAUUAUUCCUGGUGUCGCAAACUCUCUUUAACCACCAUAAUUAUGAGCUGGAGUGUGGGACACAUAUGGCUGUGUAUGAUGAGAAUAUCCUGAAGAACCCUUUUUACCAGGCCCUAGAAAAACACAGACCGGAUCUGUGCAGCAGGGUGGCAGAACUCCAUGGCAUUAUUCUGGUACCGUGUUAUGGAAGUUUACCAGCGGGCUCUUUCACAGCAUCUCAGUUCGACAGAUAUGUGCUUCAUCCUGCCAAACAGGGUUACCAGACGCUGGAUGGAAAGGAAGUGUCUAUAGACAAUAACCAGGUCCGUCUGGGUGCAGGGUUUCCCAGUCCCACCUCUGUCCCCGUCCUGUUUGAGGAGACGUUCUACAAUGAGAAAGAGCAGGCCUACAGCAUACUGUGCAUCGCACAGCCCUUCGACUCUGACCACAGUCCUGAAGAGCUGAGUACUGUUUCUGCGCCGUACUGUCUGAAGAAUAUCGAGGAUGUGAGGGAAUUCUUGGGCCGCCAUGCUGAAAAACUGGACAAGUUUGUGGCCGCCUUUUGCCACUCCUUUAAAGAACAAGAGAGGAAGGGCCUUCGACAUCAAAUAGACUCUGUAAAUACUCUUUACACAAAAUGUCUUCAGUUGCUGUUGAGGGACUCUCGUCUGCAGAUUUUGGCGAGACAGGAGAUACAGAUGACACUACUCAAACAAGCAGUGGAGAUGUACAUCCAUCAUGGCAUCCAUGAUCUACUCUUUAGUUAUGUGGGGACUCUUGAAGACUGUCAGGAUGCAGCGUUCAACAAAACAACACGGUCCUUACAGGAUCUGCAACAGAAAGAACUUGGUGUGAAGUCAGAAUUCAGUAUAAAUAUUCCCCGGGCUAAGUGGGAGUUGACUCAACUGAACAGCUGUACGUCUCCCCAGCAGAAACUGCUCUGCAUAAGGAAGGUUAUUUUAACCGUCAUGCAGUCAACCAGACAUCGAGAUACAGUGAGCAUUGAGGCCAUGUGUGCUGAUGAUCUCCUGUUAGUCAUUCUCUAUCUGCUAAUCAAAACAGAAAUCCCUAACUGGAUGGCGAAUCUGAGUUACGUAAAGAACUUCCGCUUCCCUAAGUCCAGUAAGGAUGAGCUGAGUUACUGUCUCACCUCGUUUGAGGCUGCGGUGGAGUACAUCAGCCAGGGAAACCUCACCCAGAGCGCUCUGGGGUCAGGAGAUAGACUGUCCUUCAGACAGAAGGUGGACCUGCUGUCCCAGAAUGCUACACCUAUAGACCGGCUGUUUGAGCACAUUGUGAGAGGAAAUGAGGCCGAGGUGAAGCGUUUGCUGAGCAAGAGUGAGAAUGAGGAGGACGGGAGGAAGUUAUGUCACCCACUCUGUUCCUGUGACACCUGUGACCGCCACAUCUCAGGGAGGUUAAACGACCCGUCCAUAGUGACUCCGUUCUCUCGGGAUGACAGAGGCUAUACUCCUCUACAUGUUGCUGCUGUUUGUGGUCUGUCCCUGCUGAUUGAUUUGCUGGUUUCGAAGGGAGCUGUGGUGAACGCCACCGAUUAUCACGCGCUCACACCGCUGCACCUCUCCUGCCAGAAGGGCUUCCAGGGCGUCACGCUGCUGCUCUUGCAUUAUAAGGCAAACACAGAUGCUCAGGAUAACAAUGGAAACACCCCUUUACACCUGGCCUGCAUGUACGGACACGAAGAUUGUGUGAAGGCUCUGCUGUACUUCGACCUGCACUCCUGUCGACUGAACGUUCAGAACGAUAAGGGAGACACGCCGCUGCACAUCGCCGCUCGCUGGGGUUACGAGGGCAUCAUGGAGGUGCUCCUGGAGAACGGAGCAUCAACCCUCAUCCACAACAAAGCCAAGGAGACUCCCUUACACUGUGCCCUCAACUCUAAGAUUCUGUCAUUGUUGGAGUGCAGACAUAAUGACUCCAGUAAAAGGGAAAGUGGAUUCGAGUCUCCGAGUCGCUCUCCUCAGCCGUCUGACUGCAGCAGUAGACGUUCAUCUAUGUCCAGCGCGUCUUCAUUGAGUGUUGAGGCCACACCGCUGGAGACCGAACGCAUCCGACACAAAGAGGUGGAGAAGUUGUUGAGAGCCGUGGCUGAUGGAGAUGUGCAGAUGGUGCGUUAUCUUUUGGAUUGGCUGGAUGAGGAGCCAGAGGAAGAGGAUGUUUCAGUGCCAGUUCAGACAGAGCUGUGCCAUCCUCUGUGUCAGUGUCGCAGCUGUGAACCUGCACAGAAGAAAAGCGCUCAUCUGCAGCCGGACGGUGUGGGUGUGAACAGCAGCAGUGCUGACGGCUUCAGUCCGCUCCACGUGGCAGCGCUGCACGGACACACAGCUCUGGUGUCUCUCUUCACCCGCCAUGCUGCCAACAUCAACACCCGCAGCAAUCAGAGCUCCACGCCGCUUCACCUGGCCUGCCAGAACAGCCACACACAGGUGCGCAGAUCCCGACCAAUCACAGCUCUCCUCUCACAACAACAUCACUGCUUUGAAGCCAGUGUUUAA